AUGGAUACUUCUAAUGAGAAAAAAGUUAUUUCAGCAUAUGAGAGAAAAAUUGCAGAAAUAUUGAAGAGAAAGGUGCAGGAAUGUUUCGAAAUGCAAACUGUCUUCCAAACUAUAUCAGAGAAGGCUUCUGAAGCUGCAAAUUAUGGUCAGUGUCUUUUCUUGACUGCACGCGAAGUCGAAGCCUACAAAUACACAUCUCUUCGUGAUGCGUUCUACGACAAACCACACUCGAAACUACCCGUAGACGACAUCCUCCUAUGGUUCUAUAUCUUUAAGAGAACAUAUAUAGACGGCACCCAUUGCUUGGAUUAUCAACGGGAUCCAUUCAAGAAUUACACCGAGAAUGUAGGCAUCAAUUUGUUAGCAGAAUUUGCAAUUGCUUCAAAACCCUGCUUUGUUGUUCCAGGAGGAAGGGAAGAGCUUGCAAAAGAGUGGUAUCUAUGUUCAGUUUCAAGUAUUGAAAAGCUCGAGGAUGCGAAGCUUUGGCAAGUUAACGUCACGUUGAGCAGCAGGGAAGCACAUGUUCUUACCGCUCAAGGUAUAUCAUUACCGGUUUCCAAAGAGUGCGAGGCAAGAUUACCAAGAAAUGCAACCAGAAAACAACGCAUGGAGAUGGCUGCGUUCGAACCUGAAAAUGCUCUCCCUCAAUACCUGCACCAUCUCCUGGGCCUAGCCGUAAAGAAUAACGCCGAUAUCACAUUUACAAGCGACGAGGCUGCAACACUCCUCAUAAUUUCGAAAGACAACCCAGUCCCAAAAUCAGACCCGUCAAUCAAAACUCCUGCAAAAGCUGUCGAAUAUCACGAAGGAAAUAAUGAAAUAAUUCCACCAGAAUGGGUGAAAAGGGCUAUUGAAGCACAAGUAAUGGCGGGACAGGAGGAGCCAAAGAGAUUCAAGAACGGGUAUCCUCUAACGACAAAGACCCCGGAACAGAGGAGACAGUGGCGUGAGGAGGAGAAAGAGAGAUUGAUAUCAUUAGGUCAUACUGAGUUGGCUGCGGUCAGAAAGGAUCCGAAGGAGAAGGUGUUAAAAAGCAAAGUUACCAUCAAGGACAUCAGAGCUGUCAUCGAAUCGAACGCUGAAGAGUCAGAAGAAGAACAUGAUAAGUCAGAAGAAGAAGCUGAAGAUAGAGCUAAGGACGACUUGAUACUCUCAUUAGGCAAGAGACUCGCCGCCAAAGAACGACAUAUAGCUGAAAAGGAGACCGAGAUCAAGCAUGUUUGUGUUGCUUAUGACAAUCGAGAGCAAGCACUCAAAACUGAGAACAGCAAGCUAGAAUCUGCAUUAGUAGCGACGAAAGAGAAACUCGACAAGGCACUGAAAGAACCAGACAAGGUCCGAAGCGAAUGGUCGACCAAGAUACAGCGUCUGCACGAAAAGAUAUCUAAGCUAGAGCAGGAACUUAAGGCCGAACAAGAUGCACAAAAUAUUACCAAGCUCGAUAGUGCAGAAACAACCAACAAGCUUUCUCGACACAAAGCAGCACAUGAACGCUUUGUUGAAAAGGCUACUGAGCUCAAGAAACAACGGGACGAAGCACGACAAGAACGAGACAUACUACGUGCUUCUCGCGUCAGCCAGGCUCAAAUCGACGAUACAAAGGUUAGCGAGAUCGCUCGCGCUGUUGAGGAAGCUACCAAGCCUCUUAAGGCUGUCAUCAUUGCUUCGGAAGCCAAGAUUGCCACCCUGGAAACAACAAUUUCGAAACUCAAAGACGACGCAGUGACGAGAAAGAACCAAGAAGGCAUGGCCGCACUUCCAGUAAUUAAAGCGCUUGUCGAUCUCCAAAAAAGAUAUGCACGAUUGAACGAAGCUAUAAAGAAGGAACGCAGUGGUCGCGCACAUGACGCAGUGUCUCAGAAAAGCUCGGAAAUUGACCUUCAACAACAAUUACAGGAACAACAACUUGUGUCUGCGGAUCUGCGGUCUCAGAUUAUGGGACAAUCGAAUGUGGAGAAGGCUCUGCUGGAGCAACUUGCUGUGUUGCAAGAGAGGAAUACGCGGCUGGAGGAGGAGAAUUCUCAGUUUAGAACUGUGCAAAGUAUGAUGCAGGGGAUUGGUAGAUCCUAG